GAUGCGCCCUCCUUUUCUUGCAUCCUAUUACGGACGUGAAGCUUCCUCUGAGCCCUCCCGGUAGACAGUGAGCCAAUUGGCGCAGCAUGGAGGAUAUCCGACCGACCGCGAAAUGGGCAAACCGUAUGUUGCGCCCCUUGACAUCCAUCCACCACCGACUACAGAAACACUACGAGAUCCGAACCAGCAUUGCCGAUGCGAAAUUGAAGGGCAAAUCCGAUCAACCUGUCCCCGAUCGUUUGCGACCCCCGGCAAAGAAGGCCGGUGCCGAAGCAGGCUGCAACCUCUCGGAUGAAGAACCCGACGAUCCUGCCUGGAUCCCUGGAAAACCGGGAAAUCGCCGAAUACGACAUAACUACUCGAGUUGCGGACAGAGGAAUGGGGCGCGAAGGCGCAGCCGACUGUUGAUCAAGAGCCCGGAGGUGCAGAGGACGCUGCCUGGUGCAAUUGAAAUCGCGACCCCGUUGAUCACCGGAACCGCACAAGGACCGUCGGAGGUCUCGUCAUCGAUACGGAAGCAACUCUUUCGAAAUAUUUUACCGCCCACGAGCAACGCUGAACCAAGCGAUCGUCGGAGGCAAUCCCGAACGAACAACCCCAAUUUCCCAGCUUACCAGGGCUCAUGGAAAGAAGUCCUUGACCUGUCGGGUGACCCGGGCUUUGUGGACAUCGCGCGCUCUUUAGAUCGUAUGCUUAUCAAGUUUUUGAAGAGCACGCGGGCUGUUUCAUCAGGCAUCAGCAAACAUGGACAGGGAGGCCGUGGAGCUCGGUCGUUGCUGUCUAUGGCGGCGCGACGUCUUCCGGAGUUUGUUGCCGAAGAGCAGAGAUUGCAGAAUGAGGCGGAUGAGGACUCUGAGGUCGACAUGUGCGAUGCGUACUUUACGGAACUCGAAGCUCAUUAUGCUCCUGGCGGUAAUGGAUGGCAGCCGCUCCGCGACGCCGUGCGCGCGCAAGGGAUCCACCUCAUCUCGGAGAUGAUACUGAAAGGAUGGGUAUCCAAACUGGCUGCCUGUCGCCUUCUAGAGGAGUGUCUCGAACAUGGGGAGUUGGACGCUUUUGAAUCGCUUAUAUCACAGUAUCUUACCACCGUUAGGACAUACGACUAUCCGCCGGCGUUUGAUCCUCCCAGACCUGCGAGCCACUGCGAUAACCCUAUUCACGUACUGCGCGAUUACUACUCGAAAGCUCCUGGAAGGAGGCAUUUCGUUUUCGACGAGGUGGCAAAGCUUUUGUCCCGUAGGGCUUUCCCACCGGAGUGGAUGGUUACUACGCGGUGGAAGAAGUGCGUGGAUGGGGCCAUCAGAUCGCUGUCUAUCGGCGAUGGAGAAUCAGCUGCCGCAACCAGGGCCAUCGAGGCCAUCGUCCUUUCAUCCGCUGGCAUCUAUCCAGCCACGGACUCGGUCAUAGCUCGAGUGAAGGGUAAAGACACAUCUCGUUCUACACGUUCAAUGGACACCCGUGCUUCAGUAAUGAAUCCUACGAGCGUACCAAAAGACCAGUCUCCGUGCCCAAUCCCAAUCCAGGAUGCGCUCAGCAACCUCUCAGCGAGCCUGGUUACCGCCCUCUGCGGUAUGUACAUUGCGCGAUCGCAAGCGUCCGGUGGCAAUGAUAAGUCAACUAGCAUGAAGGUCAGGCAUGUCGUUGAAGCGUUGUCUUUCGGGGUGCAACGGGCCAUUGGAUUGAUCUUGUCGCGCCGGGAGAUGGAGGGCCCAAGCUUUCAAGCCCUGCGCCGAGGAUACGUCUUGUUGGGGGAGUGGACGCUCCAGUGUAGCGAAACGUCCACGCCCGAUGUCAUUGGCCAGUCUGACUCUAUUUCAAGGGAGAAUAUAGAAUCGUUCUGCUCAUCGUUAGCCAGCCAACAUGAUGUGGUCAAACAGCUAGCAGAGUUUGUUCAACAAGUGUUUCACUGUUGCGGGCACGCGCGCAAGUGUGAUCCUGUUAGGACGCCUCGGGAAAUCCAAACGAUCGUAUCGCGGCUUGUUCAGAUUAAAACCAUGAGCGGUAUUUCCCUGCUGCUCGCUAAGGUGGCCGCGGAAACAGCUAUGGCGUUGGCGGAAGUUACAUUGGACGAAGACGACCACACGUGGGCCCUGGAAAUCCAAGGACAGGCGGCUUCAUCCCAACAGGGCGGAAGUGCAGAACAGUCUCCUGCAGUGGCGCAUGUGCCUCCCAAUGAAGCGAUCAACUUGUACCGAUGGGAAGAAAGCAUUGGCGAGUGGGUGGCCAGUACGCCGACCCACCCUAGGCCCCUGGUCACACGUGGUGUUGGCGACAUAUCAAGCCCAACAGCUGGGAGAGCUGAGCGAUCAUCGGUGGCCAACUCGACCAGUAGCAUGUCGUCCAGUCCUGAACCUUCGGAGGAGGUCGCGUCGAGCGUGACAUCAUCUGCGCCAUCCAUGUCCGGGAAAAGAGAGCGCGCGAACUAUGAUUGGAGGCCACCGUCACCCAAGAGACUCCGGUCCAGUGCAAGGACGAUGGCUGCAGCUCCAGUCACAUCCAGCGCUUCGCCAGCGAUUCGCGGGCGCAUCGCAGCCGCUCGUUCCAAGGAGCCCGAUUCCGCACCGAUAGCCGCCCGGACGCGGACGGCCCUUCGUGACUUACCCCAGGCCAAGAACUGCGUCUUAAAGAAAGGUCCGUCCACCACCCAGGCGGAUCCAAUCAAGUUGGCUCCCAAGAUCGAGGUUGUUAUCAUCAACCACCACCACCCAACCCCGGUGAUGCCCUUGCUACCGGUUCCCAGCCCGUCGAAGACGGAGAGGGUUCGACGAUCCACCCGUACGCGCCCUCUGCCAGUGCAGCGGGUAAUUCCCGGGUCGGACGACGACAGCGAGGACGAGCUGAGUUUUUUGUGAGCGGGGUAGUUGGCUCUGGGCGUGGCGUUGGAUUGUUGGGAGUAUCUCAAUUUUGGGCGGGCCCUGUAUCCUCCUCCUGGGACUCUGGGAGGCCUUUUCAGUUUCUUUCCUUUCUUUCUUUCUUUCUUUUUUUUUCUCCCCUGCUUCUUAGGCUGCAUCAUUUUGGGAUUUCUGGUUAAGGAUGAUUGAUACCCGCGGCAGGCAUUCUUGGUUCCAUUCAUUGGAUUGGAUGAGGGGGAUGAGCAGAAUUUUGGUGUUGCUUCCACCCGUAUGCUACGACUUCUAGAUAAUGGAUAGAGUUACAUA